GGAUUCCGUGGCGGACCACCCUCCCUGGUGUUCGAAAAUCUCAGGCCACUGACCGGGCUGAUAAGAUCAAAUGGUCGUUACCCCGCUUACCACGCAAUGUAAUGAAGCUUUACCAUAUAUGACCUCAUCAAUGGAGUAUAAUCUUCGCCGGUUUCAGCUUCGUGGAAAACGUCAACAUGUAACGUGACUCUCAAGCUAGAUAAAGCCGAUAAAGCUUCCAUGGAUUUGAUCUCUUACCUCCAUCAAAGCACAACUUUAGAUUCAUUAUCGCCAAUUACACAUUGAAUCAUGGGUAUCAUGGAUAUACUCAACUAUCACUGGUAUGAUCUCGGCAUCAUAUCUGGUCUCGCUAUGAUUCGGUACUAUCGCGCCAAUAACCGUACCCUCAGCACACCUCAAAAGUAUCUUAUUGCCGAUUUCCUCGCCCUGAUUGUCCAUCAAUUUGAGGAAUAUCGAUUCCCUGGAGGCUUUCCAGCCAUUAUGAAUAUCGCUGUUCAGGAGAGUGACGUGCCCGAUCGUUACCCCCUCAAUGCGCAGUCAGCCAUGUUCACCAACGUUUUGUCCACCUACGGACUUUACCUUCCUGUGAUCUUUUUCCCCGAAGUGACUUGGCUUGGACUUACCACGAUCCUUUUCAGCUUUUCUCAAGUUUGGAUUCAUGGUAUUAUGAUCAAUUCGAAGCUCGGUAGUAUUUAUAACCCUGGGCUCACCGCGGUGGUGCUCGGGUUUGUUCCCAUCGGUCUCAAAUACAUUCGGUAUAUGCAAGAAAAGGGCUUGCUCACCACAAGAGAUUGGAUACUUGGAUCUAUUGGUGCGGUUCUUGUUGGCUGGGGUCUUCUUCUCAAGAGUACAUUCGGCUGGUUGCCUGAUUAUGAUACCGCUUAUCCUUUUACUCAAGCCGAGAUGCAAAGAUGGGGUGCUAGGGUCGCAGGAGUGGUUUAGUGAUGUGAAGAGAGGAGAUAAUAGAAAGAUUGAUGCAGAAAGGAGAAGAUUUGUCAAUGCAAAUUCUUUACCCCCUACGC